CAACAGAAACGUGCCAGAUUCGGAAGAAACACGGAUCCUUGCAGCAACGGCAAUCUACGUACGAAGAUCUCAUCGGGUUUCUAAGAACAAUGACAGAACAAGACGCUGCAGAGGUCUUUCGUCUUCUGAAGGCUGGUACGGACAUUGACUCCAUCGUGAAGCAUGUACGAGAUGGGAAUUUGCUCUUGCAAUUGCCCCUCAUAUCAGAGACUAUUUACCAAAACGAAUUCCUUUACAUGGCCAAGAUGCCUAGUCACUUGUUUGUCAUAGACAAUUCGCACAUAAGUUCGUGCCUCUACAAGGUUGUCUCCUCAUCCUCAGCCUACACUCACGCCGAAAACAGGCAGCUCACCACCAAGUAUGGAAGUGCGUAUAUGAUGCCAUAUCACACUACGAAAAUGGUCGAGCCACUGAUCGACAAAAUCACGACAACACCAUGGACAAUGGUCACUUCUGACAAUCGCCUGCUAAGACGGCUCAUCUCCCUCUACUUCAUUGGCCCACACCCGUGCGCCCCUUUAGUGCACAAGGACCUGUUCCUAGAAGAUAUGGCAGCAGGUGGAACUUCGUUCUGUUCGCCGCUACUGCAAAUGUGCAUUGACGUUCCAGAUCGAGUCAAGGUAUGGCAUCCAGAGUCUCUCAUAUACAGAUUCCUGGCAGAAGCAAGAAGACUAUGGGAUUUAGAAUUGAUGGAAACCCUCCGGAUCACUACGAUACAAGUAGCAUUGGUACUGAGCUUGACCUACAUCUCCAAUAGUCUGGACACACUUAGCACGUUCUUUCUUGAACAAGCCAUAACAAUGGGCGAACGCUUGCAUUUGUUUGACGUCAACAGCUGA